CUGGAAAGACCCUCAGAAAAAUGAAUAUAAUGGCGGAACAGCUUUAAGGGUUUGCUGUCCUGUCCGGUUGGAUGUCUGGCUAGAUCAAAAUAGACCCAUCGCUCGCGUGGUUUCUGCUUUAUUUUCAAAAUGUCGCCGACGCCCGUGUCGCUAAGAAUUCCUGCUGCGGCAUUGAGAUUGACAACCGUCGCAUACGCGUUGACUUUUCAAUAACCCAACGUGCCCACACUCCUACUCCUGGAAUCUACAUGGGACGUUCGUCUCGCAACCAGUAUGGGCGCUCCGGUUCACCGUGUGGUUCUCGAUAUCGCGACUACGGUUCUUCAACAACUAAGGACUCUCGCCGUCGCUAUCGUGAAUACCGCAAUGAACACAGCGACCGCGAAUACCGCAACAAACGUGCAAACCGAAAUUAUCCGAAGGAGUCUAGUCGCAGUCGUUAUGUACGCAGUCGCAGCGUUUCACGUUCUCGGUCGCGUUCGCCGGUGCGCAAGUACCGCACCUCAUCGCGUUAUGAGUAAUUCCUGUACAAAACGCGCCAAUUGCGCCCAUCUCUUUUUAUACCCGAUACUCAAAAU